AUUCUUCCCCGCCAAAAUCUUUGCCUAUCGCCCGCAUAAAGUACCAGGAUAUAUUUCAAAAAUCUGGAGAUAUUCCGCAUGUGCUUGCGAAUCCGGGACUACAUCCGUUUCUCCCGUAAGCCUUAAACGCUUAAACACGGAAUUGCAUUUGUUUAUUCCUAACGUUUAGGUUACGUUUCUUUAUUUUCAUGUUCAACUUCCUUAACGUUCCAAUAUUCGUCAGUAUUAUUACAAUCUGGCAAAUGCCCAACUGCCUCGUAACUUUAUGGUAUUAUCAUACCCGGCAGCAGAUAUUAUACCUAGCAGUGGAUGGUAAUUCUUGCUCUCUCUACAAUUUUCUCUACAAUUUUCUCUACAGUUUUUAGCCCAGUUCGUUAUACAGGACAAGCCUUGCCUACGGACGAAGCGAUCUCCGUCCCGAGGGCUCCCGGAGUCCGAUAUAUUCUUAGUAUCAUACUAACUACGACAUAUUGCUUGGGACCAACUGUGCCGGGGUUAUGUAACCUGUGCCACUUUGUAAUCUAUCAGGAUUAGGUCCGUUAAAUCCGGGGGCUUCCGUUAUACGACGGACGACGAUGGGUGAUUGUAUAAUCAAUCUUAUUACAAAUCACGCAACAACCAAUACC